AUGGGUGAGUUGGCGACAGAAUUUUCAAAUAACUGUAAAUCUUAUAGGCAGAUUAUUGUUGACGAAGGAUUUGGGGCGUUGUACAAGGGGUUGGGCCCGAAUGUCGUCGGAGUCGCACCGUCAAAAGCUGUAUACUUCUACACUUAUUCCUCCUGUAAAAGGUUCUUCAACGACGUGGAAUGUUUUGUGCCAAAUAGUGCUAUGGUUCACAUGAUUUCAGCCGCGUCUGCCGGUUUUGUUGCUGCAACAGCAGUUAACCCUAUUUGGCUCGUUAAAACGAGAUUGCAACUGCACAAGGGUCCUUUGACAAUCAAUCAAUGUAUCAGAAGAGUUUUCAAGAACGAGGGCAUUAAGGGUUUUUAUCGUGGAGUGACAGCAUCAUAUGUUGGUAUCUCAGAAACGGUUAUUCAAUUUGUGAUGUAUGAGCACUUAAGGAAUCUUCUGCUUAGUAAAAUGGAUUUCAUAAACUUUAUGAUUGCUGGCGGAUUAGCAAAGUUUUUUGCUUGUGUUGCUGCAUAUCCUCAUGAAGUGGUACGGACUAGAUUACGAGAAGAGCAUAGUAAAGCAAGUGGAUUUUUUUCAACCCUUUUUUCGAUAUACCGUUUUGAAGGUUUCAAGGCCUUGUAUCGCGGUCUUGCAGUCCAGCUUAUGCGUACCGUUCCAAAUACUGCUAUAACAAUGGGUGUUUAUGAAUUGGUUGUUUAUCUAUUACAUCGUAUAUGA